AUGGUAGAAAAUACAUCAGACUCUGCUGUGCAAGCUCAUAUUUUGCAACAUUUAGAUAAAAACAACACUAUUGAUGAUACACUUCAACUAGCCUAAUAACUGAACAUCACUCACAUUGAGUUAGAUAAGUCAUUAAAAAGUCUUUCAGCUGAGGAGUAUAUUGCUCUCUAGGUUAUUGAAAAGAAAUUAAUAGAAUUGACUGAGGAAGGAUCUCAAUAUGCUGAGAAAGGAACUCCUGAGUUCCAGUACGCUUCAGGCCUUGAGUUGAAUACCCCUACUAACAAAGCUGAAUAUGAUAAGUAAAUUGGAGCUGAAUUGGCAAAGAUUGGAUUCUCUAAAGCUAUGCAAAGAAAGUGGGUUCAACUAGUUCCUGAUAACAAAGAACUAGUCAAUAGAUUAGCUGAAAACCUCGAAGAUACUGAGAGAGAUCAACUUAGAAAGUAUAGUGAAUUCCCAGAUCUUGAUCAUCACGACAAGAAAGUUAUUGAUUAAAUGAAGAAGAGAAAGCUAGUGAAUGUUGUUACCCAAAAGCAUUAUAAGGUAACCAAAGGUACAAACUUUGCUCCAGUCAGAGUUAAGCUAGAGACUGAUCUUACAGCUGAUAUGCUCAGAACUGGUGCUUGGAAAGAUACUAAGUUCAAGAGUUUCAACUUCAACUCCACUGGAAUUAACCCAGAGGGCGGUCAUCUACAUCCUCUUCUAAAGGUAAGAAGCCACUUCAGAGAAAUUCUCCUUGAGAUGGGAUUCAAUGAAAUGCCAACUAACAGAUAUGUUGAGAGCUCCUUCUGGAACUUCGAUACUCUCUUCUAGCCACAAAGUCACCCAGCAAGAGAUAUGCAUGAUACUUUCUUCCUUAAAAAGCCAGUUCUGUGUAAGGAAUUCCCUGCAGAAUAUGGCGAGAGAGUUAAAGAUAUUCACGAAAAAGGUGGAUUCGGAUCAUUAGGAUAUUAAUAUAAAUGGGAUGUCAACGAAGCCAGGAAGAAUCUCCUCAGAACUCAUACCACAGCCAUAAGUUCACAAAUGCUCUAUGCCCUUGCUAACCAGAAAGAGUUCAAGCCAAUGAAAUAUUUCUCAAUUGAUAGAGUGUUCAGAAAUGAAACUCUUGACGCUACUCACUUAGCUGAGUUCCAUUAAGUCGAAGGUCUCAUUGCAGAUCGUAAUAUUGGACUAUCACAUUUGAUUAGUCUCUUGAAAGAAUUCUACGAGAAAAUCGGUAUUAAACAAUUGAAAUUCAAGCCAGCUUAUAACCCAUACACCGAACCUUCAAUGGAAGUCUUUGGGUAUCACCCUCAACUUAAGAAGUGGGUAGAAAUCGGUAACUCAGGAGUAUUCAGACCAGAGAUGCUCAGACCUAUGGGCUUGCCAGAAGAUGUCAGCGUUAUUGCUUGGGGACUUAGUUUGGAGAGACCUACCAUGAUCUAUUACGGUAUCAACAAUAUCAAGGACUUGUUCGGACAUAAAGUAAGCCUCACAUCAACUAAAAAUAACAAAAUCUGCUACAUCAACCCAUGA